AUGGAGCCGAAGCUGGAGCCGGGAGAGAAGAGCCAGACCGAAGAAGUGAACGGCCGAGACGUCUCGAACGCGUCGCACGAGGAGGCAGUGGCAGCUUUCCGCGCCGCCUCGGAGCCCAUCGUGGUCGAGGUGCUUCGGAGGGAGCGACGGAACGGAACCGGAAGCAGCUCGUCAGACUUCGGCGGAAGCGGAAGUAGCUGUGCCGGAGGCCGCGCCGCUAAGCAGGCCGUCGUCCCUUCGCCUUCCGGUUUGUCCCAGGGCUACAUCGACGCCGCGGCGCAGACCGAGUUCCCCUGGCUGAGCAUACCACCUCCUCCACUGAGUCCCCCGAGUAGGAACGAAGACCAAGAUGACGACGAUGGCUACGACAUCGAAUAUGAGGAAGUGACGCUAAUUAGGAACGGAAACGAGAAGCUGGGACUUACGCUCUGUUACGGUGACCCGGACGAGCAAGAGACGGAAAUUUAUGUAGGCGAGGUUAAUGGAACGGACGUCCUAGGUAGGGAUCAAGCUAUCGUGCUGUUCUCGGAACAGAGGCCCGACUUUACGCUGCUCGUAGCAAGGACACACGUCUCCGAAGAAGAUGAAGACGAAGACGGGAACGAGAAAGAUGCCGCUACCACACCAAGCAAGGCCGACGCGCUACUGCAGACAAGCUUUCAAGAAGAGCUGUCGGAAACCGAAACUCAGGUGUGCACGCCGCUGCCGGACAACGACCUCGAGAUGAGCGUUCUGGCCAACGAGUUCCAGAGGGUCAUUCUAGACAAGAAGGCCGCCUCGGUAGAGCAAUGGCUACACCAGGGUUCCUCGGGACUGCCCACGUCACCGCAGAAGUGGGACGCUGCCGACAGCGGGUCGAGUGCCUACCACACUGGUGGAUCAUCGUCCGCCUCGCCACCUACCCUCGAGCUGGGCGGGAGGUCCGGCUCCCUGCUGUCUCUAGCAGGUGCCCCGGUAUCAACGCCCGUGUAUCCUUCCUUGCCUCCCAUGACCAGGACAGGCACCGCCGUGGUGUCCUCGGGACACGGCAUGGGACCCACGGAGGACAAGUCAACUCAGCUGCGAGACUCCGACAUGCAGAGCCUGACGAGCUGCGAGUCCUGCAGGUGCCAUCUAGACUUUGCCACGUCUCCGCGACGACUCCCCAAGACUGUGAGCGAGCCGGCGUGCGUCCGGCGCGGCUCUUCGGUUCCCGACUACGCCUCCCUCUACCCGACCAUGUACACGAACAAACAGAACCUGCAACACACCAUGUGGCUGCAGCAACACCUGUUCCGCGAAGCCCUGGCGCGACGCAACGGUCGCGUCCACGCGACCAAGACGUCGUCGUCUUCCGUUGUCGCCGCCUCAACGUCAACGAAAAAGGACCAACUGGUCUACGCCACUACUGGCGGUGGUGAACAACCAGGCGGUGACGAAACGGACCUCAAGUCUCAGUGGAAGGUGAAGAGGAGGGCCGACGGGACGCGGUACAUCACCAGGAGGCCGGCCAGGACGAAGCUGCUGAAGGAACGCGAGCAGAAUAUUCUCGAAGAACGCAGCGGUCUCACGACGGACGAUGACAACCACUCGGAGUUGAAGACCGGAAAGUACUGGACCAAGGAAGAGAGGAAGAGGCACCUCGAGAAGGCCCGCGACCGCAAGAAGAAGGAGAUGAUGCUGAAGCUCAAGAUGGCGAUCCUCAAGGAGGCCCACGAAGGUUCGGGCACCAAGAAGUCCACGACCAGUGCGGCGUCUCGAAAGAAACGCGAGGUAUCGCCUUCCCCAGAGUCCCUGGUCGGCGUCGUAGGAGACAAGCGUUCGGGCUUCUAG